UUUGAAAUUUGAAAUACAAAAACUUUUUGAAGCCCUGAUCCCUUUGUUUAUAUUCGCCAAAUUGCUUCAGAAAAAAAUAAUAGUCCUUAAAUAGGAUGGAUCUAGUUCGAACUGUAGUCGAUGCAGUAAUAGCAUGUUUUAAUUGUCGUGAAAAUGACUCGAGAUCAGGCGAACCAACAGAAAGAAGUGCACUUUUACAGCAUAAUGCAGAUCAAAGAAUAUUGCAGGUACGAAGGAUAAGUGAGAAUCAACGGGUUGAGGUCGAAUAUGCCAAUUCCUUUCCAACGAGAGAGAAAGAUGAGCAGUCAGAGCUUGUAAAGAUAGUGCAGGAAACAAACUCAAACAUAAUCGACGUAGCAGCAUUAGACACACAUCAUAUGCUAGAACAAAGUGAAUAUAAUUGUCGUGUUAAGACUUAUACUCAACGUUUAGCACAACAAUGGAAUACCAUUCCAACAACAGAGACUAAUUAUAAUGGCUUAUUAAAGGAUGUAGCUAAUCCAGAACAGUUAUUGACUACUAAUCCUCCUACAUCAGAUGAUGUUAUUUCGGCUAGGGAAUUUAUCAAGGAUAUAGCACAAGCUAUAAAUGAUAUUAAGAUAGAUAAUCAUGAGGAUCUUGUGGUGCCAUUUCAAGUGACAUGAAAUCUGCAAAAGAUUUAAAACAAAUUUUUUCGGUUUUUCUUUUCUUUUUUCUUUCGUGCUGUUUACUCAAAAAUUCUAUUCUAUUCAAGCUAUAGACAACUCCAUCAUAACUUCUAAACUCUUUUUUUGUUUCGUUAAAGUUAGUGUAGUUAAUUAUUUACCAAUCAAAUUCUGUGCAUAUGUUAACAAUGCAGAUUAUAA